AUAGUGUUGGCUAACGUGGAAUAUCAUCAAAAACAUAAAAAAGAAAAGCUAUGAGAAUCCUAUCAAAAUCUAGCAAAUUUCGCAAAAAUAUAUAAGCUGGACAAAUUCAAUCGCAUAAAGGCGGCCACGAGCAUCGAGGAAAUGGAACCGUCAGCCUGCGAAGAUCUCAAGGCCUUCGAGCGGCGCCUCACCGAAGUGGUUUCAUCCUACCGGCCCUCGACGUUCCGCUGGCGCAAACUUCUUGCAGUUGUCCUCUCCGCCAUGUCCAUGUGCACGGCCAUUAGCGCCUGGUACUGGUUACGGGAUCCACGGACCACCGUCGUACCGCUGACGGAGUCCCUCUGGAUCCACCCCAUCUUCACAGUCGCCACCCUGACAUUGAUCGUCCUCUUCAUCCUGGGCAUACAGAAACUGGUCAUAGCGCCACAGAUAAUCACGUCCCGAACGCGAACGGUACUGGGAGAUUUUAAUAUGAGCUGUGACGACACGGGGAAGCUGAUAUUAAAGCCGCGCCAGAGUAACAACAACAGUACAUGAGCACCGGCCCGCUUCCAGGACAUUUAAUUAGUUAAUGCUUAGUUUUUUCCAUUCUCUGCCCUCUAUAUGUUGAUUCGGACACCCUCGCUUUGUAAGCGUAAUUUUAACUUACCCCCUUUUUUCUUCCUUUCGCCUUUGUUUAAUUAUAGAAGCUCCAUUGUACAAAAAAACAGAAAAGAAAAAAACCUCAAUUGUUAAGCUUUAUGUGUUUCGUUAUGGCGAUACCCAUCGCUGCCAAAUACAAGCCACUUUUCAAUAUCAA